AUGCCGGGUAAGAAGAAAAAUGGAUCAUAUAAUAUAAUAUCAGAGGAUCUCUAUGAUUGUCGUAUUCCGCUCCACAAUGAACUUGCUUAUCAGCAUGGCAUUCACUUUGAUGCUAAGUACGUAGGAAGUAUGGAAAUACCCCGACCCGGCUCACGUAUCGAAAUUGUCGCAGCAAUGCGUCGAGUUCGGUAUGAAUUCAAAGCACGAGGAAUUAAGAAACGUCCGGUUGAUAUUACCGUUUCUAUUGAUGGUAUUAAAGUUGUUCUACAUCGAAAAAAGAAAAAUCAAAAGGAGGCAACUUGGGACGAAAGCAAACUUUUGGUGAUGUUUCAUCCCAUUCAUAGGGUUUUUUAUGUAUCUCACGAUUCUCAGGAUUUACAAAUAUUCUCUUAUAUUGCGCGUGAUGGUGCGUCAAACACGUUUAAGUGUAACGUGUUCAAAUCUUCCAAAAAGGUUUAA